GAGGCCGAGGUUUCUUUCUCUCGCCGUGGCCCUCUCCCCUCCGCCGUUGAAGUAGUAUUCGCAGGCGUCACGCGCGGUCGGCGGCCACUUCGAUCAUACCGACGGUGCGCGCAGUGGCGGCAGAUUGUCCGCAGAUCCGCUUUGCAGUGUUUCCCGUUGCAGAUGUAUAUGUUUGUCGUUCCUUACGGACGUCGUUGGACCUAAGUAAACCAAAAGUGCAUCGUCGUUAUUGCAAUAGUGCGGACCGCUGCUCCUCGUCACAUUGUCUGCAGUCACCGUGACUCUGUGGCCAGACCGUCGAGGAGCCAUAGGUACCACCAACAUAGAUGGCCGCCACAUCAGUAGCAACUUGCGUAAAAAAGGAUUUUGGCUGAUGACCACUCACAACCGGUGACGACCAUCACGAUGGCCGCAGCCGUGGCGACCACCACUCCUCCAACGACUGACAAUCGGUGCGUCGGUGGUGGCGAAUCGUCGGUGGCGACCAUGCGACAUCAGACGGUCGUACCGCUGCCGUCAAGUGACAUUCCGGCCCUGACGUCUUCGGGACGGCGGCAGCGGCGGCGGCGGUUAGACGGGAACGACUCGAAUCCACAGGUGUCUCGGAGUUCGACCAGUAGCUGCUCGUCGUCAACGGUGUCGUCAUCGGACGACGACGGGGAUGGCGACAACGACGGUGGCCACUCCGGCAUGGAUGGUGUGGAGGCCGAGUUCGGCGGACGUGGCGUAGUCGGCGUCCAGCCACCACCAGUGGCUGCAAAGCGGCUAAAAGAUCUGCAGCAACACCUGGUCGACCUAGACGACCUGGAACUGCUAGACCGUCAUCUGGCCGUCGAAAGUGCGCCCGGAAACUCACUUCACGAUUCGGCGUUGGAUGGCGGAGCGACCGGUAUGGUGGCCGAAGAGCUCAGGCAAAAGAACAAGGACCUGGUGCUGGCCGCCCGUCUCGGCAAGGCCCUUUUGGCCAAAAACGAUGAACUGUCGCUGAUGAAUGAGCGGCUGGCCGAAGAGUAUGGCGACAAACUGGAGGAGAUCGAACAGGACCGUCAUCGAUUGCGCAGACAGCUGGCGCAAGCCAGAGCCGAGUGUGAGCAACGGUGCCACGAGCUGCAGGCCGAUCUCAAGGACCUGCAGGCGGUGCUCGACAGCCGGGAACGUCAACUGCGAGAGGCGGAUAAACAGAAACGAGCCGUGGUCCGAGAGCUUACUGACCAGAAUGGUAGACUGCAGUCGCACAUCAGAGAGCUUUCCCAAGCAGAAGCAGAGCUCCGGCACAAAUGCCGUCUGCUGGAAGACGCGCAACAGCCGCAACAUGGCAGCGGAAAAUGGACAGGCAUCGGAGGAGUCGGAUCGCCCGCGUCCAUCACCAACGGCGGUUCCACCACCGAUUAUGGGUCGCUAACACCCGACGAUUACCGAAGUCUGGACGUGUUGCGUGAUGAGAUCGAUAUGAAAGCGGCCGAGAAACAACGGCUGCAGAAGAGGAUGGCCGAAUUGCGGGCAGAUCGUGAUCGGUUAGCUGAACUUCUCGAACUCAAGGAUCGCCAGUUGGCCGAGUGCCGGGCCGAGGCAAACCAUUACGAGCACAGAUCAGCCAUGUUGGCCAAGCAGUUGGACGACGCGCUCUGUUCGGGCGGCGCGGGGGACUGGAGAGGGCGAGGCGGGAAAUGCGCCUCGUGCAACAACGCCGGCGGCGCGUUGGCAGCGUCCCGGACGAACGGCUCCGGCGGUACCGAAUCGCAGCCGAUGUCGCUGUUGGCCGAACUGGAACAAGCCGAAGCGGCCAGCACACAGAUGGCCGCUUGUCCUCCGCCACCCAUGGUCGACGUGGACCUGACGGAGCAUCGGCCCAACGACCCCAACGAUUUCGGGACGGACGCCGAGCGGUUAAUGACCCGGCUGUGCGAUGCACUCGAGCGACGGGCAGGCCAAGCGAACGCGGUGUCUCCGGAGUUGUCGGCCAGCACCAGGUACCGACUGCUGAAGCUGAUGGGCUGCAGUGGAGACGGUAGCGCGGCAACUGGUGUCAAGUCCACAGGCGCYGUUGACCUGGCGGAGCUGGUUCGCAACCGAGACGGUCGGGUGGCCGAGCUCACUUGUGAGUUGUCCGUGAGAGAUGCGGAACUGCAGGCAGCCCGCGAGGAACGCGAUCUGGCGGUGCGGGACAAAAUGGACGCGAUGCGAAUUCAAUGCGUCCGGUGUGGUAAUACGGGCAGUGGAGAGGCCGCCGACGCCACUUCCGGGUCUGGUACCGACGAGAAGGACGCGUCAUUGAUCCCGGAACUGCUGAGAAAAGCGUGGGAACAGAGGGACGGGGCGGUAAGGCGGAAAAACGCAGUACAGGUGCAGCUGGCCCGGACUCGAGUKGACGUACUACAGGCUAACGGUCAACUGAUGGAGGCCAUCGGGCAGAAGGUAGAACUCAGCCAACAGUUGGAACAGUGGCAGAUGGACAUGCAAGCUCUUCUUGACGAGCAGAUGCGCAGAAAACUUCUCGCUCCGCCGGCGCAAUCAUCGGCCGCCGGUACUUCCGAAUUUGGUGGUGGAAAUCAACAAAAAAUUUCCAGUGCUGGAGGGUUCCCAUCAAUGUCGGCUUCGAGCUUGGGAAGUCUCGGGUCGUCGGGUCUGAUGAACUCGUUACUGAUGAUUGCCGGUGGCGGAGGAAACGCAAACAGAUGACGCGGCAAAUGAUAUUGUUGAUUUAAGAAACGGUCGUGAGCCGUUCACCUAUAUAGAUAAUAAUAUAAUAUUGUAAUAUAUUUUGUAUAAAAAUGGUAGAACAAAUACGUGUAUUAGUCAUAUCUCACCCAAUUGACGUUUGAAGCGGACAUAUUAUAAGAAAAGGAUUUCAAUAUUAUUAUUUUAUUUUAGAUCUGAUUUACAUUAAUUGGCGACUUACUUUUAUUAGACUUGACGGUGAGAUUUACGAAUUCCCGUUCAGCAACAAAUAACAAUCCCUUUACCGCAUGGAUGUUUUUUUAUGUUUGCUAUACUAAGCAUAGUUUUUAUUUUUUAUUUCCCAGUCCAAGUCAAAUUYACAUGAAUUAUAAACAGUGAGUUAGUGAGUAAAAAUUCUCAAAAAUCGUAAAUAUGUGAGUCAUUUUCUAAAAUUAUUUUGGUCUCUGUUCGUGUCAUAUAGACUCUUUCGGGAACAUUUAUUAGUGAUAUGUACAUAGUGUAUUUGGCGCUUCGUUUCGGUUUGUCGGUUUAUAUAUAUAUUCUAGACUGUAUCGUGUUGUAAAAACUAGUACAAAAUAUUUAUAACAAAAAGUUACCUCACGUGCACACACUCGUUAAUAUGAUAUUAUACCCAUGUUAGGGUGGAGAAGUUUAGGAUUUGUUCAAAAUAUUAGGUACUCACACAAAAGACUAUAUACAUAAUCUAUUACACAUAAUAUUACAAACUGUUAUUUACUACUUUUAAAUUUCAAUUUAAUUAUCACACAAUAAUUUUUUUUUAAAUCAUCGUUAUUUAACUGUCCGUUUUGAUCCUAUGAUUUAUAAACUUCUCUGCCCAAUAUGAUACUUUAAGGGUAGUUAGGUGUAUCAUUUUAUAUAAACGAUAAACUAAUAUUAUACUUAUUGACAAUUGUAUUAUUCGCUAUCGCUACUAUAAGACUAGAAACUACUUAUAUAAAUAUAUAUUAUUCAAUCAUUGUAUUAAGGACAAUCAAUAUUUCAAAUUGUAUCUUAUACUUAAGGUACCUACCUAUAUACCUGUUAUUAUUGUAAGAUAAUAUAGUAUAGUAUUAAGAGCACGUUCACCAUUAUGUAUACAACCAAAUACAGUAUUGUAUAAAGGAAUAACAAAAACCAUAUAAUCAACACAUAUUUCAUGAAUAAAUUUAUGUACUUGUUGUUAUGUACCUAAGUAGAAAUCUACUUAUAAAAAAAAUAAUAAUUUUUCAUACUUUAAAUAAACAUUUUGCAUUUUGUCCACUGUUCCGUAAUAAUAUGUUACAAUGUACGUCGGCAACAGUAUAGCUAUUGUGUAUUUGUGUGUUUUUCUUCAAAAAAACUAUUCUUUAAAGGGAGUAU